AUGCAUUUCAAUUCUCUUGCUAUGGCAGCUUUGAGCCUUGUUGUUACGGGUGUUGCCCAACGUCUGGCAGGCACUAGUAUUUGUGAUUAUUAUACCACUGCGUUGUUCAAGGAUAACAAUGCUUUCAAUCAAAAGAAAUUAUUGGUCUAUGUGGUCAAUAGGGCUCUCGUUGGUAAUAUCGGAGAUCGAACAGCCUCUAGUGUCAAUGUCCCCGGUAUCCUCACCAACGGAACUUUCAAUGGUAUCAAAGUCAGUUUGUUGCCGUACUUCAACGGUGAGCUCGUCUCUACCAAUGGAGGGAACAAACCAUUAUCUGUCAACUUCCUUGAUGGUGGAGGAGCAGAUAGUCUUCGUAAUUAUCAGCCUGCCAAUUCCGAUACAACCAAUCAAUAUUCCCUCAUGACUCAUCUCUAUCAAUACUUUGGUGUAUUACUUUCAUGCUCCAAACAAGGUAGCGGUGAUUUCCCGAGAUAUUCUGGUUCUGCAUCUCAGUAUAAUGUUCACAAGUUCAUGGAUCUUUCUGACGCUGAAGUCAGCUACUUCAUUGAACAAGUCGCAUUAUCCGCUGCAUCCUUCGGUGUUUCUGACUCAGAUCUUAUGACUAUCGGUUACUCACUCCGACAAUCAUUUGGAUACCGUUGCCUGCCACCAACGACUAUUGUUCCUAAACAAGGAGAUCAAUUGCAAUCCAUUUGCACCGAUAAUACAUGUCCCCUAGCGCCAAACAAUACUUGUGCUUCUUACGAUCAUACGGUCACCAAGCCUAUUUUAUCUUCUGCCAGAUCACCCGGCCCUGGCUCAAGCACUGGUACUAGGACUAAUACCAGUGCAGCCACCAGAAUUGGUAAUAAUAUCUCAAGUAAUAGAACAGCUACCAAUAUCAACGGCACAAAUUCGUCAUUGGGUUCUGCAUCUACUACCGUUACUAACGUCACAAAACCACCCUCAGGUCUCGGAUCCGCAACGAUAGCCAAUGGCGUAAAUCCGCCCUCGGGUCCUGGGUCUGCAAAUAAUGUUAGUAGUACUGUGGCUGUUGCCAAGCCAACUCAAGUCACAGCAGGUGCUGCCACUAUUGGUUUGAGUUUCGCUGCCAUUGCUGGUGGUCUUGCGGCAUACUUCUUAUAG